UUCCUCUCUUGGCCCCCCUCCGGAAGUGACGCGUGGGAGACAGUAAGACGGAGGCUGGGGGGGGCUACCGGAAGCGGCGGCGGAGGCACUUCCGGGUGUCGGGGCCGGCGGCGGUUCCGGCGGGCGCGGAGGUAUCUCCAGACCUCACCGACGACCCCGGUCCCCGCCGGCGCCCGUCCCCGCCAUCAUGGCGGAGGCCGUCCACUACAUCCAUCUCCAGAACUUCAGCCGUUCGCUACUGGAGACCCUCAACGGCCAACGUUUGGGCGGCCACUUCUGCGACGUGACGGUUCGUAUCCGCGAGGCCACCCUACGAGCCCACCGCUGCGUCUUGGCCGCCGGUAGCCCCUUCUUCCACGACAAGCUCCUCUUGGGUCACUCGGCCAUCGAGGUGCCACCCGUCGUCCCCAGCGGAGCCGUACGGCAGCUGGUGGAGUUCAUGUACAGCGGUUGCUUGGUGGUGGCCCAGUCGGAAGCUCUGCAGAUCCUCACCGCCGCCUCCAUCCUCCAGAUCAAGACGGUCAUCGACGAGUGCACCCAAAUCAUCUCCCAGAGCCGCGGUCCCAAGGCGUUGCCCCCCGCCCGCCCGCCCCGCCCCGAACCCAUCCCGCCGCCCGCCGAUCCCCGUCACAAACCGCUGCCGGUGCCGCCGGUACCGUCGGAACCCGACGUUCGAUUCGGUCCCAGCGAGCCGGCGCCGAGCUGCCACAGCCGCAAGCAGCGGCAACCGCUGCGGCUCCAGUUGCCGGUUAAGGAGGAGGAAGAGGAGGAGGAGGAAGGGGGAGGCGCCGCCAGCGCCGGUGAGGAAGGUUUCGCCCCACCGCCCUUCGCCGCCGAGGAGCCCCCGUUUUUCGGCGCUCCCGAGGUCUUCGCUGACGCUUUCCUCCCUCCCUGGCCCGGCGAGGACGGGGGCAAGUUUGGGCCCGAUUGCAGCCUGGAGGCGCCGGGCCGGGCGCCGGCGUUUGGGGCCAAGGCGGCACCGGGUGGCAACGGUUUUGGUUUUGCGCCGCCGCCCCCGCCGCCGCCGCCGCCGCCGCUCUACGAGGGGGGCGUGGAGGCGGGGCUAAGUGGUGGGGGUGUCCCCCCGGUCCCCGAGGUGGCCCAGCCCGGCCCCUCACGUUGUCCCGAGCCCUCCUACCAGUGCGGCCACUGCCAGAAGACCUUUAGCUCCCGGAAGAACUACACCAAACACAUGUUCAUCCACUCCGGCGAGAAGCCCCACCAGUGCUCCAUCUGUUGGCGCUCCUUCUCACUCCGUGACUACCUGCUGAAGCACAUGGUGACCCACACGGGCGUCCGCGCCUUCCAGUGCGGCGUCUGCUGCAAACGCUUCACCCAGAAGAGCUCCCUCAAUGUCCACAUGCGCACCCACCGCCCCGAGCGCUUCCAGUGCCGCCUCUGCACCAAGGGCUUCUCCCACCGUACCCUCCUCGAGCGCCACGCCGCUGCCACCCACCCCGUGCCACCGCCGGGGCCACCGCCGGGGCCGCCACCACCUGAAGCCGGGCUGGCAACGUGGCCAGGCGCUGAGGCUGCGGGUGCUGGCCCCACUCACACGGCGUGAGGGUGCCCCGGGGGGGUCUGUCACCCCUGAACUGCCUCGGGGGUGGGCUUUGGGGCUCUCCUGUGCCCGUGGACAAGCCCCCGGGCCUGUCUGAGCACCCCAGCGUGAAACCUGGAGGACUUUGACCCCACCCCAGCCAUGGACUUGAUGCCCUAGAUGGACAGACGGAGGGAGGUGGGGUCCACCCCGCUCAUCCCCUCCCAGCGACGUGGUUUCCGUCCCCCCAAACCGCGGUGGUGGGGGCUGUUAAACAGACUUGGUGGAGCCGGCGGGUGGUGAAAAUCAACACGCGGGUUUUAAGGAGCGUU